ACUCAUCUUUUGCUCUCCUGUAUUUCUUCUUUCUUCGUUUCCUUUUCUCCUGGUUGAACUUCUCGGUGUUACAUUCGGUGACUGUUUUCGCUACAUCUUCAGACAUUUCAGUCACUUUCCUCCAUAGAUAGCAUACAGAGUUACCACCCUUUAUUGAACGGAACUCUUAUCCGUUGACCUUUCACCUUCAUUAAUGGAUAGCAACAUGCAGUCUUCCGGAACCGACAGUAGUUUUUCUCGCAUCCUGAGCAGAGAGCAAAAUGGAGUCAUUCAGCCAAUUCUUACAGACCUUUACCAAAUCACCAUGGCCUAUGCUUAUUGGAAGAGUGGGAAGAAGGACGACAGGGCUGUCUUUGACCUUUACUUCCGUAAGAAUCCGUUCAAAGGAGAGUUUACAGUGUUUGCUGGACUGGAGGAGUGUAUCAAGUUUCUACUGAAGUUCUGCUUCACAGAGAGCGACAUAAACUACCUGAGGAAAGUUCUGCCCAGUAACAUAGAGUCAGAAUUCUUCGACUACCUACAGCAGAUAUCUACAAACGAUGUGAGACUGUACGCCAUUGAUGAAGGGACUGUGGUGUUCCCCAAGGUGCCCCUCCUAACUGUAGAGGGACCCCUGCCCAUUGUCCAGUUGAUGGAGACUCCUCUCCUUAAUCUUGUCAACUAUGCCAGUUUGGUGGCAACCAAUGGCAUGCGUUUCCGUCUGGCGGCUGGUCCUGAGAAGAUUCUGUUGGAGUUCGGGUUGAGAAGGGCCCAGGGACCAGACGGAGCAUUGUCAGCUUCACGCUACUGUUACCUGGGGGGAUUUGAUGGCACAAGUAACGUCCUAGCUGGGAAGCUGUACGGAAUACCUGUCAGAGGAACACAUGCCCACGCCUUUGUGACGUCAUACACAGAUCUUCUGAACAUCAGUGAGGAGACUCUGAUGAGGAAGGGAACCGAAGAACCAGUCAAAUUUUUGCCAAUUUGUAAAAAGUGGCAAAAACAACUUACAGGUAUUCUAGGUUUCCUUGACGACCAAGUGAGUAACGGAGAAUUAGCCGCCUUCAUAUCAUAUGCCUCCGCCUUCCCGGACGGCUUCCUUGCUCUCAUAGACACCUAUGAUGUCAUCAAGUCUGGAUUGCCAAACUUUUGUACGGUGGCCCUGGCGCUACACGAGUUGGGAUACGAGCCCCGCGGCAUAAGACUGGAUAGUGGAGAUCUGUCCUAUCUGUCUAACCACGUCAGGUCACGGUUCAAAAAGGUCGCUGAGAGUUUGAAGCUGCCCUGGUUUGGAAAGCUGACUAUUGUAGCCAGUAACGACAUCAAUGAGGAUACUAUACACUCGCUAAACCAACAGGGACAUGAGAUUGACAGUUUCGGGAUAGGAACUCACCUGGUCACGUGUCAGAAACAACCAGCACUCGGCGGUGUCUAUAAGGUAAUGGGUUAUAACCGAUCACCCGACCAACGACCAACGACCACCCGACCCCCGACCACCCAACCCCCCGACCCCUNAGCUGAUGGCGAUGCCCUUGUAGACCUUAUGUUACAACCAGACGAGCAACCCCCUAUUCUCAACACAAGGAUACUCUGUCGACAUCCAUUUCAGGAGUCCAAACGAGCAUAUGUUUGUCCAGCCAAAAUGGAGCAACUUCACAAACUGUACUGGGACAAUGGAGAGUUGGUACAGUCUCUCCCCACUCUGACAGAGCUACGGUGCAAAGCUAUCGCGUCCCUCAAAAGUAUGAGACAGGACCACAAGAGGGCACUCAAUCCAACACCUUAUAAGGUGUCUGUCAGUGCCAAGCUGUACGGGUUUCUACAUGACCUGUGGCUGGAGAACGCCCCUAUAGGAGAGCUGUCUUAGUUUAGCUAAAGAAAACCACUGUGACAAUUUCGACCACGGAGAAUUUAUCAGUUGAUGUCUAUAUAUUGAAAUAAGAGAGACCAAAACAGGUUGUGAUAAAUAUCUGAAAGAUUUUUUGUUUUUUGGCAAAUUUUAAUCGUGAUUGCUGGGAGAUGGAAGUUGGAUCUUGAUUCAUGAACAUACUUUUUUUUUUUUUUUU